GGGUGGUGGUGUGUGGUUUAUAUGCCCGGGGAAGAGAAGGCCGGAGGGCAGCCAUGGAUCAAUCACUCUGGAUUAUUUGAUUGCGAUUCACUUUGACCCAUGAUUCCUGGCUUAGAAGAGGGUCUCUUGUUUCGAAUUCUUUAUUCUUGCCGCUAUCAUCGCUGAUUGGGCUGUUAUUCAGUCCGAAUGCACCGGAGGGCGUUCAUAUCGUUGAUCUUCAACACUCCUAGCGCUCACGCCAGCACAUUCAUCACCAACAGUAUCCUAUACUCAACAAGCAAGCAUGCACUCCCCUUUUGCCAUCAUUCUCGCAAACAACUCUGCAGAAAAGAGGGGUGUGCCUCCUUGUCCCAAAUCCUCGCCGGACUGACAAUCCGUACCAAACUUGCGCAUUCCCGGCACAGCCGCUCAUUGGCAAAAAAAAGCACCCGCCGUGGAGCCAAAAACCGGCCAGAACAGAAAGAAUUGUCAGUGUUCCAUUGGAAAUGCAGUGGAAUCCUUUUGGCAGCCAAUGGUUUCUAUUGAAAAAAGGCCCACUGGCCAGGAACACACAAUGUAGUAACCGAGGGGCACUUCCAUUACAGUUAGGGUUGUAUCACAGGUACUUAUACAUAGUACCAAGAAAAAACAGUAAAGAAAGGCCCAAAA